AUGAAGGUCGGGACGGUGCCACAUUACUCGUGGUUCGCGUCACCCGACCUGCAAGCGGCGUGCCCCAUCAGCAGCAUCGAGUUGCCGGCGCACACCCUGCGACACGCCGCACACAGCUGGCUGCCGGCGCCCGGGGAGGAGAGUAAACUCGGCGGUUCGCCCGUAUGGCAGGCGGGACGAUAUCUCCUGGGCCCAUCAUUAUGCCGCCACGCCAAUAUCAGUGUGAGAUCUAGGCGAGCACCGCGCGGACAGCACUACUCGCCCGAAGAGGAGCCCAAGUCGUGCUGCGGCGUCGUCGUCACGCAGACGGUUUCCAUCCGGUGGUUCAUCGUCAUGAUCGCCUUCGUGGGCGUCUGCUGCGCAGUCGUCGGGACUGUCCUGGGCGCGAUGAAGGCCAGCGGCAGGGAGCACCUCACCGUCUCACUCCUCAUGAUUGGCGUGGGCGUGGUGCUGAUCACGGUGAGCGGCGUGGCGUGGCGGCUGACGGCGCACGACGCCCCCUCCUGCCGCUCCAUGCUGGGCCUGGGCGGCGGCGACGCGGCGGGCGCAGAGCCCAACAGGCGGUUCGUGCCGCGGCUGCCCCCCUCCUACGGCCGGCCGCACCACCCCUACGCAGCCAUGAUGUACCCGGAGUUCCAGUACCGGCCGCCGCCGCCGUCGUACCAGGCCUCGAUGCAGGAGUACCGGCUGCGCCUGCUGCUGCUCGACCGCCAGCCGCAGGGACACAGCGCCGUCUCGCCGCCCCCGACCUACCGGUCGCAUGUCUCCUCCACCUUCAGGGCGCCUUUAGGACUGCGGCGGGAGGCGGCGUCUGCGGCGGACUACUCGCGGCCUCCCAGCUACAGGUCGCGUACCAGCUCCACCCGGCCGACCCUCGACCCCGGGGGCGGCGGGGGCGGUGGAGGAGGAGGAGGCGGCAGCCUGGUGGGCGGCGGGGGCGGCGCCCUGGGCCACGUCGACCACUCGCGAGACCCGUCGCUGUCGCUGAGCGAGUCCGCGGACAGCGGGAAGCUGCGCUUCGUGCUGGACCCGGCGGCGCCCGGCGGCAAGGACCUCGCCAACCUGGUCACCAUCGUGCAGACGGACGACAGCCCCGUCAUCGUCACCGUGUCCGGCUCCACCCCCAUCGUCACGGGCUCCUCGCCUGCCGGCCAGGGCGGGCACAGCGGCGGCAGCGGCAUCAACACCGAGAUGGAGAUACUCGCGCACCUCUGAUGGCGCUGUCCGACCGAGUGUGGCAGCGUCUGCCGCCAUUGUACGGGAGUGUGCAGAGAGUUGCAACGGAUCGUCUCGUACACACUCGUCAUUGAAUUAUCUGUUCCAAUGUAUACAUGUGACUUCACUAACGGACCAAAAAUAAGGAAGAGGCACAUUGCUGGAAGCUGACAGAAAAAAGUUGAUGGGUACUGAGCUCGUAACGAAAUUUGAUUGUGCUACGAUAAAACUCUAAAGUCACUCCGUCUGCUUCUGCAUGCAUCGUUUAAAGUCAACAUAGCAUCAACCCUCAAUCUCUUUAUAACAAUUAUAUAAAAAUAAAAGAGA